AUGACGGAUAAGCUACCCCCGCCACUUCUGGCGCUGUUCCAGCCGCGUCCACCCCUUCGAUAUCUGCCUCCAGGCGAUCGCGCACCAGAUGACUGCCAGAAGAGCACUAUCUCUGGAGUUGCCCAGUUCCUUGCCGAUGCUAAAACUUUUGCCGAUGAAGUUCCCUACAACGCAACUGAAAGCGGGGUGCAGCGCAAAUUGCGCGAGAAAGUCGAGAAGAAAGAGCAGUUAGAGAAGCAGAUAGCGGAUGGACUGCAAAACUACAAUCCGGAUAAAGAUCCUCAAGCUCGAGGCGACCCAUUCAGGACUAUCUUUGUCUCACGCCUCAGUUAUGAAGCCAAAGAAGCUGACCUGGAACGAGAGUUUGGCCGAUUUGGUCCCAUUGAAAGAAUUACCAUCGUCAAAGAUACAGUAUCAGACAAGAAAAAGAAACCCCACAGAGGCUAUGCAUUUGUCGUGUUCGAGCGCGAGAAGGAUAUGAAAGCGGCCUACAAAGACACAGAGAACUUCAGUAUCAAGGGACGACCAGUCGUGGUAGAUGUCGAGCGUGGCCGCACCACCAAGGGGUGGAAGCCCCGUCGCCUUGGUGGCGGUCUCGGAGGGCGCGGAUACACCAAGGUCGCGCAACUCCCCCGUGGUGGACCUGGUUUCAACGCACCAUCUGGACCGGGUGGGUAUGGGGGCGGAUUCCGCGGAGGCUUCGGGGGCAGAGGUGGAGGUGGUGGUUUCCGUGGUGGAGGUUUCCGCGGUGGCAAUGAUCGCUUCGGUGGUCCUCGCGGUGGUAUCGGAUACCAGGGCAACCGUGGCGGCUUCGGUGGACAGGCUCCCCCUAACGCGCCCUCCGGCCCUGGCGGUGGACGUAGCGGAGGUUUCAGAGGUGGUAGCUUCGGUGGUGAUCGUGGUGAUCGUGGUGACCGCGGUGGUGGCGCCGGUGGCAGAUUCGACCGUGGUGCAACUGGCAGCAAUUCGGAGCCUGUGCGGCCUCGAGAUAGCUACGCUGACCGUGACCGCCGCGACUAUGACCGUGACGACCGUUACAGAGAUCGUGAUCGUGACCGCAUGGGAGAUCGAGGCACUGGAGACCGAAACGGAGACCGAUUCCGCGACCGGGACCGUGAACGUGGUGAACGUGGUGACAGGUAUGGCGGCGGUGGCCGUGAUGGUGGCCGUGAUGGUGGUCGUGACGGCGGCCGGGAGGAUUAUGGACGCAAGCGAAACCGUGAGGAUGAACCUGGACACGAUGAUCCUCGUUCCAGGAGAAGGUAUUAA